ACGCGAAGAAGAACCACCCGUAUCUCUAUGGCAACAAGGAUAACUAUCCGUUUGCUGUGCUUCUUGCUAGCUUGUUAGCUCCUCACAGUAGCUGUUACAUACAACACCAAGCGUUUAUUUACUGUCAUUCUUGUCGCUUUUUAUUCGCAAAUACCCUCAGCAGUUAGCUAAUAUAUCGCAUGUUGUUGCGAGAAUGUAAAAGACAAAAAGUAGCUGUGUGCUAACUAGCUUACGAAAAGUGUUAGCUAACAUCAAAUCGACAGCAUACCGCGAAUGUUUAUGUGCUAACUGGAUAUUAAAGCUAAUUUAAUGGCAGACAGUUGGAACACGGAUGAGGGGGAAGCUGUGUAUCGGUCCCGGGAUGCUGUGAAAAACAUGAGAAUAAGGGUGCGUAUAGAGAGGGUGACCUCCACAGCAGCCCUCUCUCAGCACCUCCAGCAGCAGGUCCUGUCCCAGCAGGACAGAGGAGCCAUUGAACUGGAAACCCUCACUCCACCAGGCCAGACAGGUGAUAAUGAGGAGGAGCUGGUGGUGGGCUGGCAGGAGAAACUCUUCAGUCAGUAUGAGAUGGAGCUGUUCCAGAAUGACGCAGCGUGUCAGACUCCUCUGGACCGUCAGUACCACACAGAAGUGAAGGCCCUGAACAAGGCCAAGGGUCGACGUAAUCACAGGAUAUUUACAUACACUGAUCAUGACCGCUACACCGCCUGUCUGCCAUUCCACCAACUGCACUCCACUGACCUACUGACCACAACCAAAUCCAGCCCCACGUUCCUGGCCGAAAGGAUGGCCAGCAUAAGACACAGACGGCAGGACAGACGUACCAUUGAUUGUAGCAUCCCUAAAUCAAAGAUUGUCAACUGGGAGCCCACCGAGGAAUUUGUAAAGAGCCGUCAUGUGGUGAAUAACGCCAUGCAGACCAUGCACAUCAUGGGAGACCUGGGCCCCUCUGGAAGGCUGGGCCAGAAAGAGAAUGAAUAUGUGCUGGCAACUGUAAAAACAGACGGCAGUGGAACAGUCAUUGUAAAACCUGACUUCAACAAAGGCAGAGAGCCGUACAGGAUUGUAACAGAGGGGAACAAGAGAGAAGUUUGGCGUUUCAUUUUGGAGAACGUAAGCCCCGGUAUGCAACCAGAGGAAAAGGAGAGGGAGCAGAACAUGUACAAAGACCUGUACGUACGGCAUAAAGAGUACCUCAACAGCCUUGUUGGACAGGACUUUGAAAUGCCUCCGAUGGGUAUUCUGCGUUACCUGAUGAAUGGAGAGAUAGUCUCAGCCAAAGGCUUUGAAUAUGAUGACUUAUACAUCCACUUCUUCAUGGAGCUGCCCAACAAUUGGUCCAGCUUGCCGUUUCAGUCCCUCUCAGGCGUUACUCAGACCUGCCGGGCCAAAACAUUAGGGAAGGAAAAUGUGGCUUUCUUCAGUUUCCCCUUCAGCUUUGAGGCUUUCUACAUGACUGAAAAAGAGAGUGAGGAGUCAGUUCUUCAGUGGCCAGUGAUCUAUUUCAAGGUUCUGUCUCUGGACUCCUGGCAGCGCUAUCGAACUGAAGGAUACGGCUAUCUGCUUUUCCCUGCUGUGCCUGGUAAACAUACAAUAACAUGCCAUACGUGGAGACCCCUUCAGACGGGGACCAUCUCUGCACUGAAGCGCUUCUUUAUCGGAGGUUCUCCGGAGCUUGAGGACCUCAGCUAUGUCAGAAUACCAGGAACCUUCAAGGGAGAGAGGCUGAGUCGCUUUGGCUUUUGCACUGAAACCACAGGAAGUGUCACCUUUAAUCUGCACUGCAUCCAGCAAGCCAGGGCCUUUGUUGAUGCAGCCAUGUUGAAGAAGAGGAGGCAGAAAGUCUUUGACCAGCUGGGAGGAUUUAGUCAGCAAGGAGCUGUUUGCACCAUCCUGGAGGCCUUCCAGAGGGCCAGGAAAAAGAUGCAAGAGGCCCGAGAAAGUCUGCCCAGAGACCUCAUCAGCGCCACCUCCCAGCUCCAGAUCGAAUCCUCUGCAUAGGUGUAAGACAUCUGUGAAGGACUGUGGUUCUGUCAAUUACAUACAAACAACCAAAUGUCUCACACCUGCUGUGUAGAAGAGCAGCGACAUCACCAGAAAGUUUGAAUUGUCGUUUACAAUAUUACAAUAUGCUUUGUGAACACACACCGUUCAUCAUGACCGCUGUUAAUAAUAUGGAUUUAUAUCAUGAUGAAUAAGGAGCAAAGCCAAUAUGCCUACUAAGUAUGGUCUGGUUUGUUUCAGAGAUGAGUUUAUUUUCAGAGAGCGAGGUUUGUGAAAACUGUAACAGAAAUAAAAUCCUUUAUUUUAGAUUUGGAUUGUAGGUUUUUCACAUUGUUAUUUCUAACAUUUAAAAUGAUAUUUGCUGUAAUAAAAACUUUUAUAUGAGCUAUAACCACUGUUUUUGUGUGUGUUGUCCCAUGUGAUUGUAGCCAUUUUCAUUCAGAUGUCAAAAUUCUACUUGCACUAUUUAUUUAUUUUCUAUACACAGUUAUAGGCUGUGUAGAUUUUGUGCAAAGGAGCUCCUGGUGUGUGGU